AUGCAGCAGAACAGGAAGGAUGCCCACCUCCCAACACCGUCCAAACCGAGCGGAGAGGACCGAGGACACAUGACCGACAGACCACUCACCGACAGACCACUCACCACAGCACAGGCUCGGGCAAGCUACGCACCGCAGGACACACCACAGGCCCUAACCGGCUCGCCAGGACGCCCAGUCUGGCCUGCCCAACCCCCCAGAGACCGUAUCCUUAGCACCCCCAAAACUGGAGCCCCACCGGAGGCAGCCUCCACAAUGACAUCCCCAAACCGCCAAACACCAGGGACCAGCCACACGCCCAAAGGCAGACCAGACUGCCACCAGAACAGCAGGGACAGCAGGAACCGCAUCCACGCGAUACAUCCCUGCCCCCGCCACUCCGCAAACCAACCAUCACCCCACCCCCCGCCCAUCCACCAACACGCCGAGCGAGACAACUCGGAGGCAGGCAGACAGCCACCACCCAGGAAACGAAGACAAGCCAGACAUCAGCAAGUAGCAGGGACUGCCCGCCAGCCCCUCGCCAGACCCGCUCCCAAGCCCCCCACCAAGGCCACCCGCCGACCACCCCACCCCAGAGUAAGCAUCCCCCCGCCGAUCCCGGCCAGCACCAUGCAGAAGAACACCUCGCCCUCCGCCCGCAAGGGCACCCGCACACCCAUCCGCCCCGGCCCCCACCCGGCCCACAUCCACCACAGCAACCCCGCCCCCGAGGUGGGAUCCUCCUGCACCCGAGGUGGGAUCCACCCACCCCAGCACCACGCACCCCCCUUCCCAAGCCCAAACUGCAAAUCCAAGACCCCGCACACACCCCGGGUAUCCCACCACGCAGGCCCCAAGAAGAACCAAGAAGGGCCCUCCAGGCCGGCAUGGUCCUCUGAGUGA